GCGAAGAAAAUUUCCAACAGUUGCAAGACGGUUUUGCGCACGUCUUGCUUAUCUGCAAAAAUUCUAUCGAAGACAGUUAGACAGCAAAAUAAGUAAAGAUGGCGGUUACCAUGGAUUCUGUAAGAGAAAAAGCGCUUCAAGAUUACCGAAAGAAGCUUUUAGAACAUAAAGAAGUCGAGUCACGUCUCAAGGAAAUGAGAGAACAUCUUAAGGAUCUGACAAAGCAAUAUGACAAGUCUGAAAAUGAUUUAAAGGCAUUACAAAGUGUUGGACAAAUUGUUGGAGAAGUAUUGAAACAACUUACAGAAGAAAAGUUUAUAGUGAAAGCAACAAAUGGUCCACGUUAUGUUGUUGGAUGUCGACGUCAAUUGGACAAAAAUAAAUUAAAAUCUGGAACUAGAGUUGCUUUAGAUAUGACAACUCUUACAAUUAUGCGUUAUUUACCACGUGAGGUUGAUCCAUUAGUUUAUAACAUGUCUCAUGAAGAUCCUGGCCAUGUUACUUAUUCUGCAAUCGGUGGUUUGAGUGAACAAAUACGCGAAUUGCGUGAAGUUAUAGAAUUGCCAUUAUUAAAUCCUGAACUUUUUCAAAGAGUUGGAAUUACUCCUCCCAAAGGAUGCUUGUUAUAUGGUCCUCCAGGUACUGGAAAAACAUUAUUGGCAAGAGCUGUUGCCAGUCAGUUAGAUGCAAAUUUUUUGAAAGUUGUUUCGAGCGCUAUUGUUGAUAAAUAUAUUGGAGAAUCGGCUAGACUGAUUAGAGAGAUGUUCAAUUAUGCUCGUGACCAUCAACCUUGUAUUAUAUUCAUGGACGAAAUUGAUGCUAUUGGUGGCCGCAGAUUUUCGGAAGGGACAAGUGCUGAUCGAGAAAUUCAGAGAACUUUGAUGGAGUUGUUGAAUCAAAUGGAUGGAUUUGAUUCUUUGGGCCAAGUUAAAAUGAUAAUGGCUACAAAUAGACCUGAUACUUUAGAUCCUGCAUUAUUACGACCAGGAAGAUUGGAUAGAAAGAUUGAAAUACCGCUUCCUAAUGAACAAGCUCGUUUAGAGAUUUUAAAGAUACAUGCCUUGCCAAUUGCCAAACAUGGUGAAAUCGAUUAUGAAGCUGUGGUUAAACUCUCUGAUGGAUUCAAUGGUGCUGACUUAAGAAAUGUGUGCACAGAAGCUGGCUUGUUUGCAAUACGAUUAGAAAGAGAAUAUGUGAUACAAGAAGAUUUUAUGAAAGCUGUCAGAAAAGUUUCUGAUAAUAAGAAACUCGAAUCGAAACUAGAUUAUAAACCUGUGUAAUUCGAUAUAAAAUAUUAUCAUUUUAUAUUUCAAAAGUAA